GACCUUCCCACAGUGUACAACUACUACUGCUACUACUCUCAAACCCAAACCCCAACAAACACCAAAAACCUCAAAAACUAGGUAAAACAAAUAAAACUAAAACCAAAAAAAAAAAAAAAACUCAAAGAGUCGCAGACAGAGUUAGCGAACACCAAGGAAUUCUCUCAUGGAUUCAGAUUACGGCAUUCCCAGAGAACUCUCCGACCUUCAACAACUCCGAUCUCUUUACCAUCCUGAACUCCCUCCUUGUCUCCAGGGAACCACUGUCAGGGUUGAAUUUGGUGAUGCAGCUGCAGCAGCAGACCCCGCUGAUGCCCACUCUAUAGCUCGUUACUUUCCAAACACUUAUGGUCAGCCUUUGGCUCACUUUCUCAGGGCCACUGCAAAAGUCCCAGAUGCUCAGAUCAUAACCGAGCAUCCGGCUUUUAGGGUGGGAAUAGUCUUUUGUGGGAGACAAUCUCCUGGAGGACAUAAUGUUGUAUGGGGUCUUUACAGUGCUCUUAAAAUUCACAACCCCAAGAGUACUUUACUUGGAUUUCUCGGUGGUUCAGAAGGUUUAUUUGCAAAGAAAACUCUUGAGAUUACAGAUGACAUUCUUUCAACCUACAAAAAUCAAGGUGGUUAUGAUUUGCUGGGACGGACAAAGGAUCAAAUUAGAACAACUGAGCAAGUUAAUUCUGCCCUAAAUGCUUGCAAAGAGUUGAAAUUGGAUGGCCUUGUCAUUAUUGGAGGAGUGACAUCAAACACAGAUGCUGCUCAGCUUGCUGAAACAUUUGCUGUAGCAAAAUGCCCAACGAAGGUGAUUGGUGUACCUGUUACACUGAAUGGAGAUCUGAAGAACCAGUUCGUGGAGACCAAUGUUGGUUUUGAUACAAUAUGUAAGGUCAAUUCCCAGCUCAUUAGCAAUGUCUGCACUGAUGCACUCUCCGCAGAGAAGUAUUAUUAUUUUAUCAGACUCAUGGGCCGGAAGGCAUCCCAUGUUGCUUUGGAGUGCACCCUCCAAUCCCAUCCCAAUAUGGUUAUUCUUGGGGAGGAGGUGGCUGCCUCAAAGCUUACACUUUUUAAUAUUGCAGCACAAAUUUGUGAUGCAGUUCAAGCUAGGGCAGAGCAAGACAAGUAUCAUGGAGUCAUCUUACUACCAGAAGGUCUUAUUGAAAGCAUCCCUGAAAUAUAUGCCCUAUUGAAGGAAAUUCAUAGUUUGCUCAGGCAAGGAAUUUCCACUGACAAGAUAUCUACUCAACUUUCACCUUGGGCAUCUGCUUUGUUUGAGUUUUUGCCACCCUUUAUUAAGAAACAGCUGCUCCUCUACCCUGAAUCCGAUGACUCUGCACAGUUGUCCCAGAUUGAGACAGAGAAACUUCUUGCACAUCUUGUGGAGGCAGAAAUGAACAAGCGUCUGAAAGAAGGCACAUACAAAGGGAAGAAAUUCAAUGCUAUCUGUCACUUCUUUGGUUAUCAGGCUCGGGGAUCAUUACCAUCGAAAUUUGACUGUGACUAUGCCUAUGUUCUUGGACACAUCUGCUAUCAUAUGUUAGCAGCUGGUUUGAAUGGUUACUUGGCAACUGUAACUAACUUGAAGAAUCCUGUGAAUAAAUGGCGUUGUGCUGCUGCUCCAAUGACAGCAAUGAUGACUGUGAAGCGUUGGUCUCAAAAUCCGGGGGCUUUGUCAAUAGGAAAACCUGCUAUUCAUCCAGCAACUGUGGACUUGAGAGGCAAAGCAUAUGAUCUGUUGAGGAAAAAUGCAGCAAAAUUUCUGAUGGAUGAUAUCUACAGAAAUCCAGGACCCCUUCAGUUCGAUGGUCCUGGUGCUGAUGCUAAGGUUGUAACUCUAUGUGUUGAAGAUCAGGAUUACAUGGGCCGUAUCAAGAAACUGCAGGAAUAUCUUGACAAGGUGCGAACCAUCGUAAAGCCAGGGUGUUCACAGGAGGUUCUGAAAGCAGCUUUGAGCGUCAUGGCGUCUGUGACAGACGUUCUUACUGCAUUGGCAUCACCUUCAACUACCACAUCCCCUUAAACACAGUUGUUACCUUUCUGGUUGUGAUGGCCGUGGUACUUGUCUUCCAAAAUACUUGUUAUCUUCACUUCUCUUUGCUUCUUUUUCUUUUUCCCCCAAAUUUUAUGUCCUUAUAUUGUAGGCAGAUCUGACAGAUGAGGUUAUUAAACUGAGCUUUUCUUUGUUAUUUAACAUUUUUCUUUUGGUACAAAAUAAUUAUGAGUGGAUUGUAUUCAAGUUUUGGAAGAGAAAUUUUUUUGUUUACCUUAUGAUAGGAAGGUUGAUUAUGCUCUCUGUUUUGAAGCUUCUAUAAGAUCAAUGGCUUCAUGGAA